AUGCGCGCGAGCCUUUUGCUAUUGGCACCUAUCCUCGCAGUCGCCCAACGGUUCGCCCCUCGAUCAGUAGAUAAGCUCGACGACGAUGCCUUCAACCAGGCUCAACAGAACGACCAAGGCGCCACGCGACAUCUCUCGAACGUGCCCAUAAAGACCUCUGACGGGCUCUGCCUGUUCGUCGACAAGCUCUCCGGCGACUCGCGAGCGAACCUCACACCCGUCCAGAUCACCCAGUGCAGCAAUGGCGCGAGUGGUCAGGGGUGGGACCUCAUAACGAAAGGAGCACACAAUGAUCAGCCUGGGCAGAUGCUAGUCGUCAGCAACCUCACGAGGGCGUGUCUCAAUUAUGACAAUGAUGCGGACCAGAUUUAUCUGUUUUCCUGCGGGGGGAGGGCAGAUGGCAGUGGCACAGUGGCAGAGUCCCAGCUCUUCUUGUUUGAAGGCGGCGUAGGGCCGUUGACUCUGAAGCCUAAGAACGGAGCGCAUACCUGUCUGCUAGGCACCGGAAAUUAUGUGAACGUCACGAAGUGUAGUGGCGCGGUGAAUCAAAUGUUUACGUUUGGAGGAGCUACGCACCUGGUGGAAAGUAUCGACGUUGGCACCAUUCAGCCGUGGCUCCAGAUUUAUGUCAUGCUUCACCUCUUCGUCCUGGAACGGUUGUCCGAGCCUACGGGUCAGUACGAGGUGGUUCAGGCGCCGGCGUAA